AUAAAAAAUUUGUGGUAAAAAGCGAAGCUUUAAAAAUGCGAAUAAUUGAAAAGUUUUGUAAAUUUUACAAAAUUACUUUUACUCAAUUUUUUCAUGGAAUUGAUAAUAAAGUUUUUCAUGGAUAUUGAAUGAUAUUUUGACAAAGCAUGGAUUUGAAUUCGAUGAUCUUGCAAAUCUCAUUUAUUGUUAUGUACAGCGAAAUGAUGGCGUACGGGUUUAUUGGUCAAGAGGAGCGUAAAUGUAAAUAUCUACGCGUUGAUAAAUUAUUAAAAAUUCGCUGUUACGAUAUGAACUUAAAAGAAGUUCCACCAUAUCUAAAAACAUCGGUGGAGGUUCUGGAUUUGUCAUUCAAUCGGAUAAAAAAAUUGAAACGCAGCUCAUUUCAACCAUAUAAAAAUAUAAAAUUUCUUUUGCUUUAUGAAAAUAUGAUACAAUCAGUAGAGCCGGGUUCAUUUUCUUACCUCACUUCAUUACAGGAAAUUGAUCUAUCGAAUAACGCUCUAAUGACAAUACCAUUAGAAAUAUUUCAAUUGCCCGCCUUACGUAAUUUGUACGUGGACAGCAAUGAUUUAAUGUAUUUACCCAGCGACUUAGAGGCUUUGGAAAGACCUAUACAAGCACCCUUGGAAUAUCUAAAUAUAGCCGAUUGCGGUCUACAAGAUCUACCAGAUUUGGGUAUAUUACCCAAGCUUUGGCAUAUUAAUGCCUCCCUGAAUCCCUUAAUGGAUCUCAGCAUAGAACGCUUUGCUUUAAUGUGCAAUCUAAAAAGUGUUGAUUUAACCCGUAGCGAAUUAACGCCAUGUCAAUGCCAGCAGGUUAAUAAUCAUCUAAGAGUAGUUGAAGUUAAAACGAAAUUUGUGCCUGUAUGUCUCGAAACUCUGGACGGAUCCAAAUGUCCACUGCCAUAUAAUUAUACUAUUAACUCUAUGGAUUUUAUUGCUUGUAAAAAUUCCGUUAAAUUAGCGGAAAAAAGGAGUAUGUGGUUAUUUGUAACCGGUUGUGCUGGCGGUAUUUUAUCGGUUCUCUUAAUCAUGUGGUUAUGUAUACAUAGACGUCGAAAAAAAAAUGUUAAAAAAUUGCGUGCCUCUGCCUUGCAACGUAGAAGUUUAGUUAUAUCGCCAAAGAAUGCCAUAAACAAAAGAGAUCAUCAAUCAAAUUAUAAUAAUCACAACAAUGACUUGUUAAGCUGUGAUACUGCCUAAAAUGAAUGAAUAUCAAAAUACCAAAGUGUGACAAUAAUCUUUUUAGAGAGAAACUAGAGAAUCAUAUUCGAAUUAUUAACAUCUAAGUUAAUCGUUGUAUUUAUAAUAUAUUUUAGGGGAAAUUUUAGUAUUAUUAAGAAACGAAAGAAGCGAGUCAAAACAAGGUGCCUUAAUAUUAGCAUAGUUUUAUAAAAUAAG